CGUAGUAAUUGAACUACGUGUGUGUGAAUUGUGACUUGCGUCAUUUCUUGAGCCUAAAUAUCAGGACGGUUAUCAUAUUUCUUUUUUCUAUUUUGGUCGUUGUUGACUUUAGAAACGAUGGCAGGUGUGCCAGUUAAUCAAGGAUGCUUCACGUGUGGAUCUAUCCACCACUGGAAUCGAGAUUGUCCACGCAGAUCUUACACUUUCCAACCACCCGCUACGGGUGCUAACGCUAUUCCUACUUCAACUCCUCUGCUUCCUGCGCCUAGCACGGCCCCGGCUCCCGCGGUUCCAACCGCUGCCGCAACGGCUCCCGCCAUCAACCCUUCUGUUGGCUACCAACAGCGUCCGAGAGUGAAUUGGUGGAAAGAAAACCAAGAGCGGUUGGAUCGGGUGUAUAACAAAUUCGUGGAAGACGCGGAUAAGGAAAGGAAACGUCAGGAGCAGGAGGAGAAGGAUAGGGUGAGGCAAGAGGAGGAAACGAAACGGAGUGAGUGGAAAAAGGAAAGGGAGCAGUUGGAAGCAGAAAUGUCUGCUCGGUUGGACAAACGGUUUGAAGAGCUGGGUCUGAAGAAGAACGCAGCGCAAGCGGCAACGAUUCAAACGGAUGAAGUCGCACGAUUGAAGAGAGAAAAUGAAGAGCUAUUAAGGAAGAUCAACGGAACAAUUAAUAGUUACGGAAGGGGAGAUGAGAUGGCACGACUGAAGCGAGAGAAUGAUGAAUUGAGGAAGCGACUGAAUGGGGAAGGUCCUAGUCAGAGAGACGGAGAUUGCAUUUCUCGGCUCCAGAAGGAAAUAUGCGAGCUACACAUGCAAGUGGGUAGCAAACAGGUGGAUAAUGACGAAAUUUACGUGUUAAAGCAAGAGAUGGGGGAAUUAAAGCAGUCUACAUAUAUGAAGACGAACUUUGAACAGGAAAUAGCUGGUCUGCGCAAGGAGGUGGACUCGCUACGAAGAACGAACGAGAAGACGAAGGAGGAAACCAAGCAAUGGAAGAAUGAAGCCUUAAGAUCUGGGAACAAACGGGGGAGUUUGGCGGUUGGCACACCGGGAACUUCCGAGCGUGGAAACCCGAAGCCGAGAUGGAUUGAAAGUAUGAAGGACGAUAGUAAAUGGAGAGAGGAGUAUAAGAAACUACAAGGGCUGCAUCGACUGGCGAAUGUUGAAGCUGAACUUCUCAAAGAAAAGCGAGCAGCCGCUGAGGCGAAACGGAUGGAAGCCGAGAAACAAGUGAAGAAUUUGAAAGAGAAGAUGAGCCGGUUGAAGGCAGCGGAGACCGGGAACGAAGAGGAGGGCGGUGGCACCAAUCUCAAAGAUCGUUUAGAAGCUGUGGCACUGGGGUCAGCACGAAGGGGAAGAACAGCCACGCCUGUAAGAGGCUCCACGAAGGAAGAUCAAACGACGAACGAGGUGAAUGAUCGUUUCCAGUUUAUCGAAGAGCGGAAGAAACAGUUACGGAAUUUGAAGAAAUCGGGUUUGGAGCCGUUGUGUAAGGAAGCUGGGAUCCGUACAGGUGAGGUGGAACAAAUGGUCUGCGAGCUCGCAGAAUACCGGGCCGAACAAGCAUUUGGUGCGACACGGGGCAAGGACCCGUCCUCUAAAGGUAAGCAGUCGGUAUACGAAGUAGAGGAUGAUACAGAACAGAGGGAGACCAACACCUCUGAGGAAUGCGAUGAUAAGUCAGUGGAGUUAUGAGGUGAGUCCCCGGACGUGGCUAAGUUAUGGUUGCUUACCAACGA